AUGGUAGCUACCGAGUACCAGCUCAUGGGAACGGAAUUAGUUAUCGCAGCGACAGGUCGCCGGCGCCCGCCGGUCGUUGUGAAGGACAGGUCAAUUUGCUGCGCUCAUUUUGCUCCUUUCAUGAUCGACGUUGAUAUAGAGACACAGGAAUCUAGUGAAUUUAUUUAUGUGCAAUCGCCUCAGGAAUCAGGCGGCUGGCUGGUAGCCGACUUCGCUUAUCAAUUCUAA